UUUACAAUUUACCUGAAUAUAAGUGCAUAUCUAAAUACACAGCAAAAUCUAUGUAACUUGAAAUAUCGAAACUUCUUCUACGUUUGGUAUAUGGUUCAGACUUCAAACAAAAGACAAAAUGCAACUAGUAUAAUGUCUGUGCUAACAUUACGGUAACAUUUGGGAAUGCAAAUCAAACAACCAGAAGUGAUUUACAGACAUAAUACUUUUUUUUUACAAGGGACAUGGACAUUGCAUGGCCUAACCGAACAGUCGUUAACCAACCUUCCCUAGUCCUAACUCAAGUCACGCUGCAACUGUACAAGCCCAUCUGUAGCAUUGGUCAACACUGCCAAGCUGGAAGCAACAGCAGCUAGGACUAGGAGGCGAGUAGGAGAGCCAGCUCGAGCGAGCACCAUGGCGUGACGUCGCAUGGAUGCACGCGUCCAUCGUGCAUGUCUCCGGCGAACUCCUACCUAAACCUCCCCAAUGGGCCAUGGCUUGGGAUAUAAAAGGCACCGAUCGAGAUGCCGUCGUCCACCGUGCAGCACCACGCCGACGACGCCGUGCCAAGAAACCAGCCUCUUGCAGUUGCAGCAACCAGCAAUGGACCACCAACGACGUGGGCGCUGCCGCCAGCUGGCCGCCCUCGUCGCCGCGGCGCUCUGCCUGGUCGCCGCGCACGAAGGCAGGUGCGGGGCCGCGGCGAGGCACCUGCACGCGGUGGAGGAGGCGGUGCUCGACGUGGCGCCGGCGGAGGCGCCUGAGGCCGCCGCGAGGUGGGCGGGAGGCGGGGACGACGCCGCCCUCGGCGAGGCCAAGUGGCUGCCGAUGUCCAUGCCGGUGCCGGUGCAGGUGCAGGUGCCGGCGGCGGCCAGCGCGCUGGCGAGCGGGCUUCGUUUCCCGCCGGUGGUGUUCCCGCUGGGCGGCGCGUCGAUGCCGUGGCUCCCUGUCCCCGGCGCGCAGCACGCGUUCGCGGGCCCCGGCGGCGGCGGCGGCGGGGGAAUCCCGGCGCUCGUGCCGCCGUACGUGGGCGCCACGCGGCAGGAGCAGCUCAGCCUGUGGGCGUCGCUGUUCAACCCGCUGCAGGUCAGGCCACGGCUGCCGCCGAUCUCCCUCGGCGGCGGCGGCGACACGACGGCGGGGCCCGGCGUCGAGCGCGCCGGGGUCCCGGCCAUCGCCAGCGCCGGGAAGGCCGCUGAGGGGGAGGUCACCGUCGACGUGCCCACCGCCGGCGCCGGCGCCGAGCCCAAGUGGGGCGUCUUCUUGGGCAACAUUGAUCAUCGCAACUAGUAUAGUACUAGUACAUAGAUGAAUGGAAGACGUAUGAAAAUGAACCGCGUGCCCUUGUUUUUUUUUUUUGGAAAAAGUAUCAGUCAGUAGUGUGCUAAAUUUUUUUUGCAUGUUUGAGCAAAAUGUUUGUAUUAAAAUUUAAACAGUCAAAAGUUAGUGGAGCUUGUUAUCUAUUCAUUUUCAGAUAAUGUAAUAUAAACUGUGGUGAUAUAUGUUCA